AUGCCCGCCAAUGCCGACAAAUCCAGGCAAACAUCGGCUGGAAAAUCAUUCUUUGGGAGGAAACUGUACAAGGAGAGGCCGAACGAUGAGCGCCACGAUGCAUACCCCGGUUCUUACGAAAGUUUGGCCCCGCCAGGAAGUGCCGCUGGUUCUCGCUCCUCCCGCUAUUCGAAACGGUCCUCGAUCCAAUCCGUUGACAUGACCCAUGAUCUCGACCCGGGAAGUCUUGCUCCGACCGCAGGUGUGAUUACGUCCAUUCCCUUCGAAAGUAUGCCCUCAGACACGAGAAACCCGAUCCCCGUCGAUGGUAUGCGCCCUGACUCCCGUCACGAGCCCUCGCCUAACCACAUUGGAAAAACCGGCGGUGAUUAUCAUCAAUAUCCUACCUGGACAUCGACCUCUGCGCCAAAUGGUUCUGGCUCACAUCCCUCAGGGCCGCGCCCUCCCCCGCAUGGCUCGAAUAUGACCAUGACAAGCAGCGCAUCAGGAGAUCGUGGCACGAGAUAUCAACAAUGGGGACGCCCUGGAAGUUCAAACGCAAAUCCUGGCAUGAGCCAUAACUCCAUUGACUCUUCUUCGAACUCUCGCACCUCGCUAGACCAAAAUGGCUCAUCUCGUACCCUCACGACCUCACACUCUGGUGAUCGCAAUACCUCUCUCACUCCCAGCGGCAGCUCUGGGCGCUUGUCAAAUGCUCAAGCUGCCUGGCAAGCUUCGCAGAACAAUAUACCAGCUGCCGUACCCCGCCCUCCUGACAACUACCUGACCAGACCCAGAGAUGACCGUAUCGUCGACCAAUUAUUCCUGGAGCUUAUGCAGAAGCGUGGAUGGCAAAACCUUCCUGAACAAGCCAAACGGCAAAUGCUGUCUUAUCCUGCAUCGAAGAAGUGGACUCUGGUGCACCAGGAUCGACUGACAGAGCUGCAAGGCGAACAGAAGAGACGAGCCAAUGCUCGUCAAACGCAUGGCCAUGAUGGCCUUUCGGGUUUGCUCGAGCGCGCCGAUGAGGAGGGAAGCCCGGAGUGGUAUGUGAAGAAGGUUAUGGAUGACACGAUCACUUCCAAGCAACUUGCUAGUUUGAGCGUCAGUUUGCGGACACAACCUAUCAGCUGGGUCAAAGCUUUCGUUGAAGCUCAGGGUCAAAUUGCCCUGACCAAUGUUCUCAACAAAAUCAAUCGACAAAAAGCCUCCGGCCCCGUUCCUGCGCCUCCGACUGGUGACAAGGACCUGGAUCGAGAAUAUGACAUUGCUAAAUGUUUGAAGGGUCUCAUGAACAACAAGUAUGGUGCGGACGAUGCCCUCGAACAUCAAGGAGUUCUCGUUGCCCUUGUCAACUCGCUGUCGUCGCCCCGUCUCAACACUCGGAAACUUGUCAGCGAAGUCCUUACCUUCCUAUGUCACUGGGCCGAAGGCCAAGGUCACCAAAAGGUCUUGCAGUCCAUGGACAAAGUCAAGAACGACCACAGUGAGACUGGCCGCUUCGAUGCCUGGAUGCGUAUUGUCGAGGUUACCAUUGAUGGCCGUGGCAAGAUGGGAAGUUUGGUCGGCGCCAGCGAAGAGUACCGCAGUGGAGGCAUUGGCAUGGAAAACCUUCUCAUGGAAUAUGCUGUCUCGACAAUGAUCCUCAUCAACAUGUUGGUGGAUGGAGCAGAGAACGACCUGCAGCUGCGAUGCCAUAUUCGUGCUCAAUUCAUCUCGUGUGGUGUCAAACGUCUUUUGACGAAGAUGGAGGGCUUCCAGUAUGAGGUGAUCGACAAGCAGAUUGAGCGCUUCCGUGAAAACGAGGCUAUCGAUUAUGAGGAUCUUCUCCAGCGGGAGAACAGCAGUAUGAAGGACAGCGUUGAGGGUGAAGUCAAGGAUAUGAGCGACCCUCUCCAGAUUGCAGAUGCCAUUGCAACCAGAAUUAAUGGAACCAGGGCUCAUGACUACUUCCUCUCGGCUAUGCAGCAUAUGCUGUUGAUCCGUGAGAAUGGCGGCGAAGAGAAUCUACGGAUGUUCCAGCUCGUGGAUGCCAUGAUGAGCUAUGUUGCUAUGGACCGGAGGCUUCCCGAUCUAGAUCUUCGACAGGGCUUAGGUUUCACCGUGCAGAGUCUUUUGGAUCGACUUCACACAGAUGCUGAGGCAAGACGCGUGUAUGAUGAGGCUUUGGAGGCUCGCCAAAUAGCUGAGGCUGCCAUUGCCGAGCGUGAUGAAAUGAAAUCUCAGGUUGAGCUUGGCGCUGAUGGCCUUGUCAAGAAACUCCAGAAGCAAAUCGAGGAACAAGCCGGUAUAAUUGAACUUCAAACUCGGACCAAUGAGUCUUUCAAGGCCGAGAUCGCGGAGGUUCAAAGACUUCGCGCCCAGGAGUUGCAGCGCAAUGAAUUGGAGACUCGUGAGCUCUAUCUCAUGCUGCGGGAUGCCCAAGAUAUUGCUGCAUCCAAUGCUCGCAAGAAUGCCGCUCCCGACUCUGAUCCGUCCCAACUGCCUGGUAUCAUGGACCGCGAACGUCUCAUGGAGCGCCUGGAGCGUCAACUCGAGAGAACCAAGACCCAAUUCAAGCUCGAGGGCAAGGUAUGGGGUCAGCACGGCCCAUCAGAUCGUCUGCGUGAGUUGCGCGAGAAGAUGGAAGGUGAAGGCGAUGAUGACUCUAGCGAAGAGUUCGCUGUGGAAACCCGUCGUACCAUCGGAACCACCAACCUGGGAUCCGUCUACAGGAAACGCAGCCAUGUGCCUGAGAUGGACCAGGGUCUUGAUGACCAAGUAUUAGAGACUAUGGAUGAGGACGGGGAGGUAUUCUAUGAAAAGCCUCGUAUGGUGGACUUGCGGCCUCGCAUGAACCCUGCUCAAGCCACUGGACUGCUGGGCGAAUUGACUUUGAAGGUUCCGAAGUAUGAUGAAGGUCCCGAGGGCUCUGGCACCGGACCAGAGACGGCUGAAGCUGCUGCUGCCGCCGAAGACCAAGCGGCCGGUGAGGCUUUGGCUAAGGAAGCGGCAGCCAAAAUUGCUAUGCCUCCGCCUCCACCUCCACCCCCGGCGGUGCUAAAAUCAUACCACCACCUCCUCCUCCUCCGGGUGGCACUGUUGUACCCCCUCCUCCGCCUCCUCCAGGUGGUGCCAAGAUUCUCCCGCCGCCUCCUCCUCCUUCAGGCGGUGCCAAAAUCCCAGCGCCGCCGCCCCCGCCAGGCGGCACCAAGAUCCCCGGUCUCCCGCCUCCUCCACCUCCUCCUGGAGGCAAAGCCGGUCUUCCUCCUCCUCCACCUCCGCCAGGUGGAAGUGUUGGUGCUCCACCACCGCCUCCUGCCCCCGGAGGCAAGGGUGGCUUUGCGCCUCCCCCUCCCCCCUCCGCCCAGCGCUCCAUUGGGCGCUGGCUGGAGGCCCAACUAUAUGGUCGACGAUGCUAUUUCCUCUACAACUCAUAUGCCGUCCAUUCGACCCAAAAAGAAGCUCAAGGCUUUGCAUUGGGAUAAAGUUGACACUCCCCAAGUGACUGUUUGGGCCGCCCACGCACCAACACAGCAGGAGAAAGAACAGAAAUACACUGAUCUGGCCAAGAAGGGUGUUUUGGACGAGGUCGAGCGCCUCUUCAUGGCUAAAGAGCACAAGAUAUUCGGAACUAGCACAGCCGCCAAGAAACGCAAGGAAAAGAAGCAAAUCAUCUCCAACGAUUUGUCGAAGAACUUCCAAAUUGCCCUCUCCAAAUUUUCUCAAUUCCCGGCCGAGGAUGUUGUGCGAAUGAUCAUUCACUGUGAUCGCGAGAUCCUGGAUAACAUGGUCGUUAUGGACUUCUUGCAAAGAGACGAGAUGUGUACCAUUCCUGAAAACGUUGGCAAGUUGAUGGCUCCGUACAGUCGAGACUGGACGGUCCCCGGUGCUGCCAGCUCUGAGCGUGAGCAAGAUCCCAGUGAGCUCACCCGCGAGGAUCAAAUCUAUUUGUCCACUGCCUUCGAGUUGAACCAUUACUGGAAGGCGCGAAUGAGAGCGCUUGCGCUCACUCGCUCCUUCGAGCAUGAGUAUGAGUACAUCUCUUCCAGGUUGCAAGAAGUCGUCAAAGUCAGCGAGUCUUUGCGGGACUCUGUCGCUUUGAUGAACGUUCUCGGGUUGAUUCUGGAUAUUGGUAACUUCAUGAACGACGCUAACAAGCAGGCUCAAGGCUUCAAGCUCAGCUCUCUCGCCCGGCUGGGUAUGGUCAAGGAUGACAAGAAUGAGACUACCUUCGCCGAUUUGGUUGAGCGUAUCGUUCGCAACCAAUACCCCGAGUGGGAAGGCUUCUCCGAAGAAAUUGGAGGUGUUAUUGGCCUUCAGAAGAUCAACGUCGAUCAACUGCGCAGCGAUUCCAUCAAGUAUAUCAGCAACAUCAAGAACGUCCAGGCCAGUUUGGAUGCUGGCAACUUGAGUGACCCGAAGAAAUUCCAUCCUCAAGAUCGCGUCAGUCAGGUUGUUCAGCGGAGUAUGAAGGAUGCUCGUCGCAAGGCCGAGCAAUUGCAGCUGUAUCUGGAUGAAAUGGUUAAGUCUUAUGACGAUAUCAUGAUGUUCUACGGUGAAGAUAAUACAGAUGAAAACGCUCGCCGAGACUUCUUCGCGAAGUUGUCUUCCUUCUUGGUCGAGUGGAAGGUUAGUUUAAUUAUGUCCGCUUGA